CCGUUAGAAGACAUGGUCGGAGCGUCAAAGGGGACGCGAUUGUUUGUGGUGUGCGUCAGCUUGGCCGGCGUUGUCACCAGCUGCUGCGUCACGGCGCUACUCGUGAUGUACUAUUUCGUGGACGCCGAGUGUGGAGAGUUGCCGGACUGGGACUAUCGUGGUGACCCCGCCAAACGCCAGAGCGCCUGCACCGGCGAGCCGUGCAAGGAGACCAAGUGCGAACCGGCCCCUGACAACACCAGCUGCGACGGAGUGGUUCGUUCCUUCGCCGAUGGGUGUCGCUGUUGCCCGGCAUGCGUCGCUGUACUCGGCUUGGACCAGGACUGCUCCAAUCGCAUCAGCGACCGUCGCGAUGCUCGGCAGUGUGGCAUGGGCCUUUACUGCAACAAACGCUACUGUACCUGCAAGAAGUACAUUAGGGCGCCUUGAUUUGUUCUAAUUAGCGCCACUCACUACGUGUCUACUGUUUUCAUUUCUUAAAUGUGCCUGCUGAAGAUUGCGCAUACAUCCGUUUUCAUCCUUGGAUAGUUUGAGACCAUAGCACUCGCUGACAUAAUAAACAGUUCUGAUUAUUGAGAAGGGGUAGGUGGAUUAUUUGUUUGCGUCACUGGGUAAAAUCAACUCCUGUUGUACGUAUUUCCAGCACGAUACGGCAUCAUUGCGCUACAUUACUGUAAGCUGCUCUCUUUCAUGUUAGACUUGAACCGGUUAUUUACUUACGCAUUCCUCCAGCUUUCCAGAUUACGAUUAUUUUCUAUGAAAUCAUGCCUACAUUUCACGUGAAUAUAGAAACUGGCAUGUCUCUACCAUUGUUAUUCAGGCUGUCUAUUUUUUUUUUUUUUUUUUUUUUGUGAUAUUUCCCAUUUUGUUGAAGUAUCGAUGCCCCGUGAUACAAUCUUCAUUGUGCAGGCUUGGUAGCAGUGCUGGUUAUCAUGAGUUGUCUCUCUGAUCUUUCAAAAUAUCUGCCAUAUACCAAUAACAUAUUUAUCAGAAAGUAGACUACGUUAGCACUAUGACAGCUCGUCUUAUUAGCAGGAAGCGUUUUAGUUGCAGUUUCACUUGCACCAUAUGCUUCGAUUUUUUAUACUUAUAAAUAUUUUUUAUAUCUCAUGCAGCGUAUAGCAAAGUUUGGUAUUUUCGGUGCACAUUAUUCGAAGAGACGAAACAAUAAAUUGCAAUGCCCUGUUAGCUAGGACAAAUUAUUCAUUCGUUGCCUUUUACAAUAACCACUCAAUAGUGUAUGCCGUCUCAUUGAGCAAUCAUAGCAGAGCACUAAUGAAGUCAUGUCUUCAUAGCUGAAAUACUAAGAUUAGCACCACAUUUAGCACCACUUUCAGGACAUCCGUACCCCAA